AUGGACUACCAACAGGAAACGCCUAAGCCUGGCCAGAGACCGGACCUCAAGAAGAAGUUGGUGGUCGUUGGUGAUGGGGGAUGCGGGAAAACAUGUUUGCUGAUUGUCUACGCCGAGAAUCGGUUCCCAGAGGCAUACAUUCCAACUGUCUUUGAGAAUUAUGUCACACAAAUUCGGUUUGAAGGCAAGCUAGUCGAGCUCGCCCUCUGGGACACAGCGGGCCAGGAAGAGUAUGACCGUCUGCGCCCGCUGAGCUACCCAGAAAGUGACGUGAUCUUGAUCGUGUUCUCAAUCGAUUUCCCAGUCAGUUUAGGCAACGUCCAGGACAAGUGGUAUCCUGAAGUCGCCCACUUCUGCGAAGGCACGCCUCUCAUCCUUGUCGGCACGAAGAUAGACCUUCGAAUGGAUGACCAGACACGGCGGAUGCUGAGCGCGCAGGGACAGACACCGGUUUCGUCAGACCAGGGCGCAGCCGUCGCCAAAGAGAUUGGCGCAAAGUACGUCGAGUGCUCGGCCAAGACCGGGACGGGCGUCCAGGACGUGUUCAACCUCGCCCUGCGCGAGGGCAUGCGCGGGAAGUGGGGCCACAUGGUGAAAAAGCAUCGGUGUGUCGUCGUAUAGAGAGCACGCGUGCAUACGCACCGCCCACCGUCCGCGUCACGACGCCAUGUCGCUGCCCGCGCGGGCCAUCCGUAGGUGUCCGCGGGUGCCGUUCGCCAGAAGCGAGAGGCUCAGAGCGGAGCAGACAGACCAGGAACUGCAUUGACCAGAGACGACCAUAGCGUUGGACAUUCUCCUGACUACUACUGAUACCUAUCUAUACGUGUAAUUGCUUUCUCUUGUUGUCUGGGGCUUACCGUCGCAGGCAUUUAUUCCACUGUGGCUGGAUACACUGUGCGCACUGUAAAUUC